AAACAGACCUGUUUGUAGUACAGAGUGAAGAAUAGAAGCUGAGACAAGAUGAGGCUUUUUCUGAUCAUUGUUCUGUCUGUCUGCCAGGCCAACGCUGCCUCGCUGGUAAGUGCUUAUUUUACAACGCUGCUACAUACUCCCUGCUUUACCUAGAUCAUUUUAUUAUUAUUAUUUUAUUAUUUAUAUAGCGCCAGCAAAUGCCAUAGCGCUGUACAAUGGGAUCUACUUACCUGCCGGGGAAAUGUAUCCAAAAACAUACAAAAACGAUCUGUACUUAUUUUUGAUACAUUUUGUUUUGCUAUUUAUCAUAGAGAAAAGUUAUUUACACGUUGUUAUUAUUUACACAUUGUGUCGGAUAUUCGAUUUUAUUGUCUUAGGUGUUUUUCAUUAUAAUUUACAUGUUUUGUGGUUUGGUGGUUUUUGUUAUAUUUAUUUUGGUGAAGAUUUAGGUUCUGCUACAUCAUAGUAUUUCGUGUUUAAAGACGCAAUAUCUGAACUGGAAGCAUUUCUGGAGAGUUUUUCCAUUCAGACAUUGUGACUUUGAAUUUGAAAUUCCUGUUUAAUUCUCACUUUAGUUUAUGACCCUGUAUUGAGCGAGAACUGGUGCCAAUCCAAAGUGGCUUUCACAUUUUAGACCCAAAUAGUUGAACUGAAAACAUUUUGGCCGAAAAUGUGGGAUUUCUCACCAAGAGAAUUUUUGGGAAUUCAAAGUGAAUUUUAAACUUAAAUAGCCAAACGAGAAGCGCGAGAAAAUCUGCAAUUCAAUUACUUUGGCCUUAAGAGACUCACUAUAAUAUAUAUAAAUAACCCUAUAGAAAUGUCCCUUCAAUUCUCACUUCCGUGAAUAAUUUGGCUCUCCUGCUUUAAUUUGGGAUUUUAUUGAACCAAAGAAGCAACAAUUCACAAACUGAAUAUAAUGCUGGCUGGAGAUAAAGACGUAGGCACCAAAUAUAACCUCUGGUUCCAUUGUUCCAUAUCACUGGAUGCUUUGGUGCCUACGCCUUUAUCUCCAGCCAGCAUUAUAUUCAGUUUGUGAAUUUUUGCUUCUUUGUUUCUGUUGCUAGUAUCCAGGGAUAAGCCCUUGGGCAUUGCUGGCGUGCCCUCCUGGUGUAUGGGAUCAGUGUGGAGGUGGUGUUUAUUCCCUUUUACACCCAUUUUCACACUGAUCCCAUUUCUUUCUAUUUUUUCUGGGAAACAAACAAUUAUCCCAGGUACUGUAUUCAUUAAACGGUGAAUUGUAGAGAAUUCAAAUGUUUUUGUCUAUUUUGAUAAUUGACAUUACAUCCCCGGUUCUCUAUUUUGUUUAGACUUUUGCAAAUAAAUUCUCAGAUUAACACAAUGUUUACUAUAGUGUAACACAGUAAAGGAGUUUAAGCAUGCGUGGGAUAGGCAUAAGGCUAUCCUAACUAUAAGAUAAGGCCAGGGACUAAUGAAAGUAUUGGGCAGACUAGCUGGGCCGAAUGGUUCUUAUCUGCCGUCACAUUCUAUGUUUCUAUGUUUCUAGUGAAUUGAUCCCUGCGGUUCACAUCAAUCUGAUUAAUUUAGUUGUUAAGUUUUCAUUUAAGUGGGUUUUAUUUACUAAAUUUCGUAUUACGGGAAUUUACAGACAAACAUCAUGAUAGGAGCACUUACUCAAACACACGUAUAUUAACAGGAAAGAUUGCUAAAUUCAAAUCGACAAACCUCAAAUUAAAAAAAACAAUAGAUGAUGAGAACUAAACAAUGGAGAUCGGCUACAAACAUGCUUGCUGUGCUACCUCAGUCACAAUACAAAAAUACUUCCAUCCAUCUCUGCCAGAAGAUCCAAUCACAUGGGGUGCUCUCGUUAUUAAUAUAACAUAUUGUUCGCCCUGCAUUAAAUCCAGUCCCUCUUAUAAGUUUAAAGACUAGCUGUAUGAUUAUACUAUAACUUCUGUAACUGUAUUAGACACUGUAUAAUACAUUGUGUAAUAUUACUUGUUUGUAGAUAAUAUUAGGAAAUGGUUAUUUAUGUAAGAUGUAUUUCAAUUAAAUUGAUACAUCUGUCUUUCACACAGGAAGUUAAUUCCACAGGAUCACUGGACGAAAAUGGAGUCUGCAAAUGCGCCAUUAUCCUCCCGGAUACGACCUUCCCUGUUGAACGCAUGGAGUUCCUUGAGAUGGCAAAUUAUAACCUGAGUCUCAAUGUCCAGCAGGCGGUCUCUAAGGUAAGAAGGAAUUAAAUUAAUGAGAUGGUAAAUGGGAAGAACACGUUGAUUAGAAUGUAUUCAGUGAGGGAAUAAGGGUCCCAACUUCCCAACUAUGUUUCACAUUUGUCUCUCAAAUCUUUCUAGAUACAAAGUUACCAGGUGACACUUGUGGAAUCCCUCCAGAAGUUGAAGAACCUGACCAGGAGGGUGGAGGUGAUGGAGUUGGGUGGAAUCUCUUAUACUGAGCUGGACUUUGAACUGCUGAAGUUAGAAAUAAGAGAGAUGGAAUCCUUAGCUAUCCAGCUCAGAGCUUCCUUCAAUGGAUCUAGUGCUUUGGUGGAGACUCUCUUUGUAGAGGUGCGUGAACCAAUUCAAAAUAUAAUACAAAAUGUCAAGAAAACCAUAAAGCAUAGGUCUAUUUAAAAUGACCAACAUGUUGCAUAAUGUACAACUUUAUUCAUUUCAUACCUUGCAGAUCCAAAACAUAUCCAUCAUGGUGAACCAACUGGAAUCGCAUGAUAAGAACAAUGUCCUUGCAGUGAAACGAGAAAUUGCCUCCUUACGGAAACGCUUGGAGGACUGUGAGAAGCACCAAGAUAAUCCAGCUGUCCCAUCUGUCCCCUACGGUAAGCACAAAAUUAUCACAACGUCAGAGAGCUUUUUAAAAAAAAAAAAGUUUUAGCCUUUAGUUGAUGAUAAAACCACACACCCAGAUAUUUACACUUACAUACACAUAUAAACACAAGAUUUGGAGAUUCACUUCAGUCCAAACUGCUAUUCAUCUGAAUUUUAGCCAAUCGGGUGAUCGGUCAAAUUCCUGAACGCUGAGCUGAAAUGAACCGAAUCAUGACCCAACUAAGAUGCGCGAUGGCCAAGGCUGUUGGUUUCAGUUCGUGAUUUUGGAUUCCACUUGUGCUGCAAAAAAAAGAUACAAUUGAUGGGGAAAAAAGAUUAUUUAUGGCUAGAAGACAGUCAGGAAAGGCUGAUUUUAGUUACAGAUGAAGUGAGAAGUGACAACAGAGAGAAAAAAGAGAAGCAGUAAAAAUAGUUUAUUUUAAGUUUUUCAUAAAUUUAUAUAAUUUUUUUUCUCCUCUUCUUUUUCCCUCGAUUGCUCACUUCUCACUUGAUCUGUGAACCAAAUGGCAGAAUAUGCUUUUAUCAGUGUACUGCAAUAAAUAAAAUAUUAUUAGUAGUAAAAUUUAUUUUAUUUAUUAUUGUAACACAGUGAUUGGCCCAUUUUGUAACCCUUUUAUUUGUCUGAUAACGGUUUCUGAAUCAAGUUUUCAGCACAAAAAUUCUGCUGCGCAAAAUCAAUAUAUGGUUUAAUUCACAUAAACACACACAACACGAACAUGAAUAGAUUUACCUAUCUUCUGGUUUAUUGACCUUUUUCCCACAGUACUUCAUACUUCCCAACUCCGCCGUCCCAACUUGGUGGGGUUGGGGGGGUGACAAAGGGGGCGGAGAAGUGAUGUGAUUGCGUCACAAGCUCUGCCCCCAAAGAAUCGAACCAGCCCCAAAAAUGGACCGGUCCAUCUGAGAUUAUGGUAGAUAAACUAUGAGUGAAAUCACAUCAGAAUACAUGUCCAUCACACAGGUCAGCCCACUGAGGGCAGGACAUGCAGGGAGUACCGUUUCAAUGCUCCCUGCCUGCAAGAUCCUAGUGCCCUGAAUGUAGGGCAAGCGAAUCUAAGAAAGCGCUCAUGCCAUGACUGUUGGGGAUAGUUCCCUUGUGUCCCCAAAAGCUGGACAUCAGUGGCCUAAGGUGGGACAGGACAUGAAUAUCCAGACUGUCCAACCGAAAUUGGGAUUGUUGGGAGGCGUGGUACAUUCAUGUUGGUCUGUUUACAAAAACAUCUUAGAGGAGAAACCAAGUGUGAGAUAGCAGUUUGUGGCUACUAUAGAGAAUAAUCAGAGUCAUAAACCGCUACUUAGUAACUGUCUUUAGGCAGCAGCAGUUGUUAAUGCUCUGUCGCUACUGGUGAAAUCAAUAAACAGCUGUACUUACUAACAGUAGUGGUUAACACUUUAGCAAAUAGUCAAGCAAACUAUGACAACGGGUUCAGUCAAUUUUUUUAGAACGGGGGGGGGGUUAAUCAUAAACAGUAAACAAGAAUAUUAGUUUCAGUAAUAUCAUUAUUAUAAUAUUAAAUAUAUAUUAUAUUAUUAUAUUAUAAUAUUGAUAUUCAUUUAUCUUUUUAACUAUUUAACGUGGUGGCUGACUAGUGAGUGCUGGCAGGGGCCACAUAAUUAAACCUUGCACCACCUAGAGUUUUUUAGCUACUUGCUCAUUGACUGUUAACAUAGAACAAAUUUAGGAUUCCCCGAACUAAAAAGAAUUCUGAAAAUCAAUUCGGCCAAAUCAAAUUUUUUUCAAGAUGCACAAAUCUAGUUAAUGCCACCAAGAACAAGUGAUGGGAAUUAAAAAUGUUUUAGCGCAAUGAGUGUCAAGCUAUAAUGUCCUCGUUUACUAUUUUAUACCACCUUUCUAUCUACAGGAACUUGCAAACAUGGAGGAAUUCAAAACAUCAGCAAACCAUUUGUGGUACAGCUCAACUAUUUAGGAUUUGCCUAUAAGUUUGGAGGUUGGGGCAAGGAUUCAAUGUUAGAGGCCGAUCAGGAUAUCCACUGGGUGGCCCCUCUGACUACGGAUGGGAGAUCCAUGAAUAGUAUACGCUUCUACCCUUCAUACGACGAUCUCCUGCUCUACAAAAAACCUACAGACAAGGUCCUCACUAAACCUAUAGCAUACAACAAUAUUGACUACUCCAGCAGUGGACAAGGUGGCGGUGUGAUCAUGUUUAAUGAAUCCAUGUACUACAACUGCUACAAUACUAGGGACCUCUGCAAGUUUAAUACAAAAACAAACGCUGUGGAGCGUAAAACAUUCACAGAUGCCACAUUCAACAAUCGGUUCUCUUAUGCCUCCACUCAGUGGCAAGACAUUGACUUGGCUGCCGAUGAAGAUGGUCUUUGGGUGAUUUAUUCCACAGAGCAGAAUGCAGGAAAUAUAAUUAUCAGUAAACUGAAUUCAACCUCCAUGAUAGUAGAGAAGACUUGGACUACCUCCCAAUACAAGCUUGGAGUUACCAACAGCUUCAUGGUAUGCGGUAUUCUAUAUGCAACACGGACUCUUAACACAAGAAGGGAAGAGAUCUUCUACAUGUAUGACACCAAGACAGGUACUGAAGGGAAGCUGAGUAUCCCCUUUGACAAGAUGAUGGAGAACAUUCAAAGUCUGUCCUACAACCCCAAUGACCACAAGCUCUACAUGUAUAAUGAUGGCUACCUGGUCACUUAUGAUCUCAACUAUAAACCACUUUCAAAGACAAUCAGAUAGAAUGACCUCCAUAAAGAUCAAGUAACUACAGUUCCCCGCCAGAUUGCCCUAAAGAGCUUUAAACUGAGAGUCUAAACUAUAUCUCUCCAUUUCUUUAAAUCCCCAUCCAGUUCUGUUCUCCUGCAUAACACAGCGUCCACAAUGAAAAUGUAAUAAUUUUUUUUAUCAAAACAGCAAGUUAAAUAGAAAUGCAUUAUUAUUUUGAAUACAAAAGCAACAAAAUUAAAUGUUUUUAAAAAUUAAAACGG